AUGACCCUCUCCCUUUUUGCGUGUCGCUUCAGCCUGACGACCGGCGGCUUUGCUGCGUCGGUUGGCUCGACUCGUCGCAACCGGCCGCUCCGAGUCCCCUCGGCCCGACAGGCUCUGACGACCGGCGACCAGCUUGACGCGGCCGGUGCAGAGACCGAGAAGCCGACGAACCAACCGAGACGACAUGUCGCCGAGCCCAGUUGGACCUGGGCUCCGGCAGAGCGAACGGCGCCUGUCGACGUCGCGUCCGGCAACAGCAAACGCCACUGCUCCACCGGAACUGGACCUUCCUCUCCGAUGCCUCGGCAGACACGCUCGCUGACCAGCAACCGUUUUGCCUCGUCGCCAAGUAAGCUUGUCUUGACCAAUGUUUUUUUUUUAUAUGCCUCAACUACAGUUCAACUGGUGACAGGAAGUCACGCUUGA